CUCACUCACCAAUUCCUGAUUUCCUUCCAUCUAAAACAGUUCUCUAUUUCAUUCUCUAUCCAAAUUAGAUUUCGUUUUGAGCGCCAAAGCUUGAUCUUUGUCAAUGGAGGAACCGGUGGAGUCGAUUGUUAAAGAAAGAGAACGGAUCAUGAGCACAGGUGAGGGAAGUCCGAUUUGGAGAAAAGCCCAUUUUCUAAAACCCACCUUCAACUCCAUUAAAGAACCUGUCUUUGAGCUCCCAUUGGACUCUCUUUCGUCUUUGCACACCCCAACCGAUCCAAAGACCUGGCCUUUCCGGGUUAAGUUUGUUGGGUGGAGAAAUCCACAAGUUGGAUGGAAAAAUUGGGUUCAAAAAAUGGCUUCUUUGCAUCUUUCAACUUGGAAAAAAGCUGGUAUUCAUGAACCAAUCAUGAAUUCCACACUAGAAAUAAAAAGGAACGAUCUUUUGAUUUUUGGGUUGGUGGAGAAGUGGUCUAAUGAGACCAAAACCUUCAUAUUUCCAUGGGGGGAAGCGACGAUCACGUUAGAGGAUGUUACGGUUUCAUGGGGCUACUCUAUGUUGGGCUCCCCUGUGAAUUCUUCUCUUGAAAGCAGAGAAUUGGAGGAAAUUGAAGAGAAGCUAGAAAAUGCAAGAAAAGGCAUUCUCAGGACAAAAUCUAAGAAAGCCUGUCAAAGUUCAUGGAUGAACAAGUUCAUGGAAGAUGGUGGGAUUGAAUUUGAACAUGAAGCAUUUCUGGCUUUUUGGCUGUCAAGGUUUGUUUUCCCUACAACUUUUGAUGUAAUCAGUAGUAUUGUAUUCCCUAUCGCUAUUCGUCUAGCUAGAGGAACUAAAAUCGCGCUUGCACCGGCUGUUCUAGCUGCUCUUUAUAGAGAUUUGGGUAUAUUGAAACACGGAAUCAAUGCUUCUGCCAUGGGGAAUAGUGAGAAUGUGGAUUAUGCAGAUGCAGUAACCCUGCGUGCAUCUUUUCAAUUAGUUCAGAUAUGGGCUUGGGAGAGAUUUUUGCAAUUGCAGCCUCGAAAUCCGAAUGCGAUAAAAGAUGGAGAGUCGAGGCUGGCUCGGUGGCAGAACUUGAAGUUCAAAGUUGAGAAUGUGAGGCUGGUUUUAGACUCAGCUAGAGAAGCUUUCGAUUGGCGUCCGUAUUCCAAGUUUGUGGAGAAUUGGGAUUCCUGUUUCGCCAAGUUGUAUGGAGAAAACGGACUGUGGUUAUCAGUUGGUUUAUGUUUGGAUGAAGAGUUGGAAUCAUUUGCUAAAUGCUUGAUGGUGUCUGAGCUUAUUGGACUUAACUGUGUGGAAUGGUACUACCCUAAUCGCGUUGCAAUGCAGUUUGGAUUCGACCAAGAUAUUCCAGGAUAUCCUCCAGUUACUCAGAAUGCUGGUGGCAGACCGUUUAACGAGCUGAAAAUGUACAUUCCACCUGGUUCUUUUCAGGGAAGUGUCACUGUUCGUUACUUGAAGUGGUGGGAGCGAUCAAUGAAUCGUUCGAAAGGUCGUCAUACCAGUAAUUCCAAUGACGUUCAGGUGAAGAGAUCCUCAAAGGGUUUGAAAAGAACAAAGGAAUGUAAUGUAUCUGAGGGGAGUUUGAAAAGAAUGAAGGUUGCUAUUGCUUUCCCUCAAGAAAACUCUGAUGAAUCAGUGAAUAGUUUGGAAGAUCUGUGGACCCUUGAUGAAAUUUUCAAGCUCAGUUCCGAGCAAGAAAACUCUGAUGAAUCAGUGAAUAGUUUGGAAGAUGUGCGAACUCUUAGUGAAACUUUCAAGCUCAGUUCCAAGCAAGACGAUCUUGAAAAUGGUCAGGAAUUGUCCGACAGUUUGGCAAUGCAGAAGGAAUUAAAUAACUCUCCUUUUCCUCCUGGUUUUCCUCCAAAACAUAAUGCAAUGGAAGCUAGUAAUCAAGAGAAAAUGAGGAAACUGAAGGAUCUCAACAAUUCUCCUUUUCCUCCUGGGUUUCCUCCAAAACCUAUUGCAAUGGAAGAGAGUAUUCCUAUCAGAGAAGAGGAAUUGACUUUUCCAGAAGAGUUCAAGUCCAGUGGCGACCGAGUUGGCCUUGACAUUGGUCAGGACAGAGACGGUGCACGGACAGGAGGUGAGUCUCGAAGCCUUUCAUCUAAAAAUGAUGGAGGUGACUGGACCUUCCAAUCCGAUCCGAAGUGUUUAGAGCUUGAACUUCGUGUUGAGAGGCUGCAGAGAAUCAUGUCUCGCCUAAAACCAGCAAUGUUGGCAAGACAUAGCUGCUCUCACCCUUGACAUGACUUUUGCUUAUACAGAAAAAAGGGAUCCAUUAAACAACAAUUAUCUGAUGGAUCCUUGAUUCUGUUUUUGUUCGAUUGGAUUUCAACGUUACACACGCAGGUUUAUUUCUUCAAUUUUUUCUCCUAGUAGAACUUUGAGUAACUAUGGAUAUAGCAAACUGUAUAGUGGAUUUCAUGUCGU